AGCUUUGUUAUUGUCACGUGACAGCCGAGGUGCCGCCCCCACCUGUUUCCCAGUGGUCUGCAGUAGCUGUUGAAAAUGAUGAAAUACCGAGAAACACACGUUGCUGAUUUGUUACGAGGGUUCAAGGUCUCACGAAAGUAGAGUUUCACUUCGUCGGUGAGCGCUAAACCCUUUCGAAGCGGACUCGAGCUGCUAGCGGUGUUACAACUAACUAAUAUCAAGGCUGUUUUCAGUAUGCGGAACCGACAGAGGCCCUCCCAGCUGGGAUUGUUGCUCCUGGCCUCCCAGCUGUUCCAGGUGGGCCUGGACAACAUCCCACCUGUCACCCUGGCUGUCCUCGCUCUCAACGUGUACCUUUACCUUUUCCCAGCAGCUCCACUGUUGCAGGCCUGUGUGAGUGUCCAGCAGGCAUACUGGUUCAGUGACUGGCGUCGUCUUCUGCUAUCCCCCCUGCACCAUGCGGAUGACUGGCACCUCUACUUCAACAUGGUGUCCUUCCUCUGGAAAGGUAUCAGGCUGGAGCGACGGCUGGGCGGAGCCUGGUUCCUCUACCUGCUGUCAGUCUUCUCUCUGCUCACCGGAUUAGUCUAUCUGGUGUUGGAGGCAGCGUUAACAGAGCUCACCCAGGACCAGUCCUACAGCAUGACCUGUGCCGUUGGCUUCUCAGGUGUCCUGUUUGCGCUGAAGGUGCUCAAUAACCACUACCACCCUGGGGGUGUGACCAAUGUGAUGGGUGUCCCUGUGUCAAAUCAAUAUGCUAGCUGGGUGGAGCUAGUGCUAAUCCACAUAACAUCACCCGGGACCUCUUUUGUUGGUCACCUAGCGGGUAUUCUGGUGGGUCUGCUCUACACAUCUGGACCACUGAAGACCAUCAUGAAGAAGUGUGCAGAGGUUGUGACAUUGAAUGGAUAUAAUUCCCGGCCCAGUUCAUACUACAGAUCUUCAGGCUCUUCAGGUACCAAAGCGUUCAAGGAAAGUAAUUGUACAAGCGCAAAACCAACAUUGGACAGAUCCUACCAACAAGUAUCGUCUCUGUGUCCAAUGCCUGAUAUGACUUAUUCCUUUGUGCAAUAGAGCUCCAUUUCUGUCCAAAAACACGUCACUGCGACACGCUGUUGUACUGGGCGACAUGUGCCUUCGUUACCAUGGACACAAAGUAGUUUAAUUUUUAUUCAUUACCACAUUGCCGUCCUGCUGCUGUAAAUACUCAGGGGAGUGCUGAAAAUAGACGCCAACAUAUGCACUAUUUACUCCUCUUUGAGUAACGUUUGCUGCCCAGCUAUUUUGGGAAAUUAGUGAACCUUCUUAAAACAAAUUACAGUAGGAACCAGUGGACUUGGAGCUGAGUGCCACUGACAGGACGGAGGAAUCAGAAAGUAUUGAGAAACUGACAAUGGGAUUUGUUAACAAUAAGAAGAAUAUAAAAUACACCAGCCUUAACCUUUUCAC